AUGAUUCGAGCUAUACGUGCUUGUAAAACUGCUGCAGAGGAGCGUGCUGUUGUGAGAAAAGAAUGUGCUGCUAUUCGUGCCGCAAUUAGUGAAAAUGACAAAGAUUAUAGGCAUCGCAAUCUUGCGAAGCUCAUGUUCAUUCACAUGCUUGGCUACCCCACACAUUUUGGUCAAAUGGAAUGCCUGAAGUUAAUUGCAUCUCCUGGAUUCCCCGAGAAGAGAAUUGGAUAUCUUGGCCUCAUGUUACUACUUGAUGAGAGACAAGAAGUUCUGAUGUUAGUUACCAACUCAAUAAAGCAAGAUCUGAGUCAAACCAACCAAUAUAUUGUUGGACUGGCUCUUUGUGCAUUGGGGAAUAUCUGUUCUGCAGAAAUGGCGCGCGAUCUUGCACCGGAAGUUGAGCGAUUACUUCAAUUUAGGGAUCCAAAUAUCAGGAAGAAAGCAGCAUUGUGCUCUAUAAGGAUUAUAAAGAAAGUUCCAGACCUGGCAGAAAACUUUAUAAAUCCUGCUGCUUCUUUAUUGAAAGAAAAACACCAUGGAGUCUUAAUAACAGGCGUUCAGCUUUGUACAGAUCUAUGUAAAGUCAGCUCAGAGGCUCUUGAGUAUUUCAGAAAGAAAUGUACAGAUGGUCUAGUCAAAGUUCUAAAGGAUGUUGCAAACAGUUCAUAUGCACCUGAGUAUGAUGUUUCGGGGAUUACAGAUCCUUUUCUUCAUAUUAGAUUGCUCAAGCUUUUGCGUGUGUUGGGCCAGGGAGAUGCUGAUGCCAGUGAUAGUAUGAAUGAUAUUCUUGCUCAGGUGGCAACCAAAACUGAGUCAAAUAAAAAUGCAGGGAAUGCAAUUCUAUAUGAAUGUGUUUCAACAAUAAUGAUCAUUGAGGAUAGUGGUGGUUUAAGAGUGCUAGCUGUCAAUAUUUUGGGAAGAUUUUUGUCCAGCCGUGAUAACAAUAUCAGAUAUGUUGCAUUGAACAUGCUGAUGAAGGCUAUUUCUCUAGACCGUCAAGCAGUGCAGAGGCAUCUCACUACUAUAUUGGAAUGUGUAAAGGAUUCAGAUACUUCUAUCCGGAAACGGGCCCUUGAGCUUGUAUAUCUUCUGGUGAAUGAAAGCAAUGUGAAGUCUUUGACAAAGGAGCUAAUUGACUAUCUUGAGAUAAGUGACCCAGAGUUUAAGGGAGAUCUCACUGCCAAAAUUUGCUCCAUUGUGGAGAAAUUUUCUCCUGAGAAAAUAUGGUACAUUGAUCAGAUGCUUAAAGUUCUGCCCAAGGCUGGAAAUUAUGUGAAGGAUGAAGUCUGGCAUGCCCUCAUCGUCGUGAUUACCAAUGCUUCAGACCUCCAUGGAUAUACUGUCCGGUCUCUGUAUAGAGAGCUACAAACAGCAGGUGAACAGGAAACUCUUGUUAGAGUUUCUGUUUGGUGCAUUGGAGAAUAUGGUGAGAUGCUGGUUGGUAACGUUGGAAUGCUCAAUCAAGAGGAUCCAAUAACUGUAACUGAGUCUGAUGCUGUGGAUGUUGUAGAAACUGUCAUUAGACGCCAUUCUUCAGAUCUAACUACUCGGGCAAUGUGUCUGAUUUCUUUGUUAAAGCUGUCAAAUCGUUUCCCUUCCUGUUCGCAGAGGAUAAAUGAUAUUGUCAUUCAUUAUAAAGGAAGCCUUGUACUUGAACUGCAACAGAGAGCCAUUGAAUUUAAUUCUAUUAUCGAGAAGCAUCAGAAUAUUAGGUCAGCAUUGGUUGAAAGAAUGCCGGUCCUUGACGAGGCAACCUAUAGAGGAAGGAGGGAAGGUUCUGUGGCAGCAGCUGUUUCUACUUCCCAAGGAGCUCCACUAAAUUUUCCAAAUGGAGUUGCUAAACCCACUUCAAUUCCACUUGUUGAUUUGCUUGAUUUUAGUUCAGACGAUGUUCCGGCACCUAGCUCGUCUGGUGGAGAUUUUCUUCAGGAUCUUCUUGGCGUUGAUCUAUCGCCAGCUUCUUCACAACCAGGAGGGAAUCAGGCUCAAAAGAGCGGUACUGAUGUGUUACUUGAUCUUUUAUCAAUUGGAACACCUCCCGCUCAAAGUAGCCUUUCCAUGGUUGACAUGUUAUCAUCUGUUCAAGAUGACAAAAGUCCAGUGGAUAAAUUAUACAAACUGGGUUCCGCUUCUUUGCCUCCUGCACAAGCCUCUCCUGCCGUUGGAAAUUCUCCUACGAUGGAUUUGUUGAAUGGUUUUGGACCCAUCUCAUCGGCGCCUGAAAACAAUGGCUCAACCUAUCCAUCACUCAUAGCAUUUGAAAGCAGCUCCUUAAGAGUGACCUUCAACUUCUCAAAGCAGCCUGGAAACCCGCAGACGACACUUGUUGAGGCUCAAUUUGAGAACAAGUCACCUAAUGCGUACUCGAAUUUUAUUUUCCAGGCAGCUGUCCCAAAGUUUCUUCAACUGCACUUGGAUCCAGCUAGUAGUAAUACUCUUCCUGCAAGUGGUAACGGAUCAAUCACACAGAAGCUUCAACUUACAAACAGCCAGCAUGGGAAGAAAUCCCUUGUAAUGCGCAUACGGAUAGGGUUCCUUAAAAUUUGGUGCUUCGAGCGGCAGCAGUAUAACUCAGGAUUACCCCUUUGUCGGUUUUCUCCCUUGCAAGGGUGGUUGAAUGUACAUUUUGAUGUGAGAUUCAUGAAAGUGAUGGUGGAAUGA